AUGGCGUCCGCAGAGAUGCGCGACUUGAUACACGCCCUCAACGAGCGCAACAUCGACCUUGGUGAAGACGAUGUCGCGUGGGCGUUUGAAGGCCCGAAAACGAGAAACAAGGCCGUCCAAUGGGUCCAGGAGUAUCUGCAACCCGCGACCCUUUUGACCAAGGAGGAACUAUCUUUCUACGAGAGACAUGGAAUCGAUACGAAUACGAAGCCGGCAGGACAUGGACGGCCGCUCUCUGAGGUGGAGCUCGAGACUGCAAUGGAGUGCCUCGAGGAGAGUACUGCCGCUCUGGAAAGGCAGGGCGAGAUGCUCGGAAAGCAAAAAAUCGCUCUGAGAAAGCUGCAGAGUCAGAGCUCCAAAGCUCGUGCUGGAAGUCAUGGGUCAGAUACGCAACACACCAAAUUUGCUCAUGAGAAAGCACAAUUGGACUUCAACAUCGACGAUCUCUCCUCAGCGACCACGGAUUUGCUGCGUGCGUCUAUGAAACAGAUUGAAUCCAGUACGGGUGGCAUUCCAUCCAAUGUUGACCGCCUCUUGGAGAAAGAUGACAGGCUUCUUGAUGGCCUGCAAAAGUUGCUCCCGAAGUUGUCCGAUUCUGCCAGCGAUAUCGACGAAGCGGACGAGGUUGAGCAGCUCUGUUCAACUUUAUCGCUUCUUUCCAUCCAAGAGAUCCAAACCCGCCUGGACCGAGUCUACAAAGACAGCAUGGUAGACUUCUCCCGAAAACGUGCGCCACCAAAAGACUUCACCGAUCAACAAGCUAAACAGCGCGAAACUCUUCGGGCGGAGCUCCACGAACUGGCGGGUGAAAUUGAUGGCUUGGUCGGGAUUGUCGUUGACCAUCAAUAUAGGAAGUCACUGAAACGCGGCUUGAUGUCCGCCCGCGCAGACAGGAAUAUGCAAAAGGCGAAAUGGAGUGAAUACACAGUCGCAGCACUGUUGUAUCUAAUAUCGAGACUGGACGCCAUCGGUGAACACAUACUGCGAUUGAAUGCUCAUGAGUCAACUCUCAGGGCCAUUUCGAGCACUCUGGACGAGGCACUUGCAAGCGAACAAGCCAAAGCAGGUGCUCGGGCACCUACAUCUCCAAUGCCUAACAAGGUUGAAUUGAAAGGGCUCAAGCCUUUGCGAUUAGUGCAAGCGAAUAUCUCUGAGACGCAAGAUCCUGCUGUGACUUUUCUCAAAGAGCACGACAUUCGUGCACCUGGGACGGUUGGCGUCGAAAAGCUCACUCCGCUUCUUGCUAUCCAUUCUCGUGAGCAAAAAGAAAAGCUCGCAAGGCUGGCCAGCAGCACCGAGACGGGCAUUGCUGAUGCGAUAGCUCAGUCUAUUGCCAAAUCACACGCCGACCUGCAGGAGCUCCAAAGCGCCGUCAUGGCACAUACGACGCAUGGAACUGUGAAGUUGGUGGACAGCAAUGUCCAGGCGCACAUGGGCGAGCUAGAGCGCGAUAUUCAGCGCCUAGGCGAUGAAAUGAGAGUGCUUGACAUCGACGCUAUUGCAAAGAUGACCAGGGAAAAGCAGGACGCGGUCCGGAAAAGGUCGGUGGAGUGA